UCUCUCUCUCUCUCAUCACUGCCCAACGUUCUUCAGAUCUUUGGCCCCAAUCCUUCUUCUCUCCUCUCAUCUUUUUCCUUCAUCAGGGGGAAAGCAUGGCAGGCCAUCUCUCACUAGCCAUUGUAUACUUCUUCCUCAUCUCUUCGUGAUGCAAGGGGCUAGAUGGAUGACCAGGCAAGAUUUGACGUCGCCACUAAUCUCAGGAUUCACUCUGCGACCCGUGUAUGGUGCAUUGCUUGUUGCAUUGGUGUGCCCUGUGUCAAGAGCACAAAGAGAUGAAUAAUCAUCUAUCUGAUAAUGCUGUCUUGUCAACAACCAUUGUUAACCCUCCUACAAUUCAAGAGAUGAGGGCUGGUGUGAAUCAGGAGAAUCAAUCUUCAUCUGGAGAAGGUACUAGAAGCAGUAACUUGGAGAUUCAGCCUUUGUAGAAUCAUGAACUUUGAGUUGUCUACUUACAUUAGAGGAAAAAUCUGCAUUUGUCAGGCUCACUUUUGAAAUAAUAGACCCAAUUUUCAUCCGUCAGACUCGUUUAAAAUGCAAAAUGAACCGAGUUUGAUCAGAUUUUUUAGCUAGUUUGUAUAAAACGAGUAUCCAAACAAUAUGUUGCCCAAUUCAAGUAGGGUGAUAUCUCUGAAUGGUUUUAACUUUAUUACCCCAAAAAAAAACUCAUCUAAAGAAUUUGGCAAACAAAAUGUUUGAUGAGUGGAGAGCAAGUAGACAAAAAGUGUAAUUUUUU